AAGAGUCAGGUAUUUAAAUAAGGAACCAAGGGGGAUGGGGGAGAGGGAGGUCGAUCCCGGGUGGUUCGGCAGAGGACGCCACGUCCACCACUUGGCUGGACAGGUACCUGUCUGGCGACUACAGGUCGAAAGAACCCGUUCUCGUCCUUCUACGGGUCUCGCCUUUCUCCCUAUCUCUCUCUCCCCUUCUUGCCACCACCACCACCUUCGUCGUACCUUCUUCCCCGUAGACGGCCCGACAAUUUCCCACUCCCCUUUUCGUUAUAGUCCCGGGGCCCGACUUCAGUCCCCACCCAGGCCGCGACACUGCAUGAGUGAAUGUCAGCAACACUCAGUACAGUUACUAACGUUCCGUACUGUCAACGAUCACCCGUUGAUCGUUGUCAUCGUCCUCGUCGUCGGCUAAGUCGAGUGCAGUUUUACUAUGCGCCGCUCUUGAUAUACAUAUACUUGAGAUACGCGUUCCGUGAAGUCUAUCGAGCGAGCCACGGUAACUUUGUAUGCACGUAUGGAUGAGACCGCCACGAUGACUGUACCUCCGCCACUACCAGCGAAGACUCAGGCUCGGGAUGCGAACCAGGCCGCUCGGCAGACUGUGUCAAUCCGGACCAUUUCUCCUUCCGUCUCGCCGCCUCUCGCCAGCGGGCCCGGAGCAACGGUAUUCGUCGGAGUUAGCGCACCUACCGUCGAUACCACGACAAUCUGCAGGGGAAGAAUCCCGGAAGUACAAUCGGUGAACGGCGGCUACGAAGAACGGAGUAACGCCGUCGAAUCGUCGCGACAGCGGUGGCAGCAAUCGCAGCAUCAACAGCAGGCCGCGCACAUAGUGAAGAUCAAGAUCAAUCCGGAUGGUGACAAGAACAGCAGGGUGAUAUCGACGGUACGGUUGACCCUGGACGAAAACGGCCGGAAUCGCGACGAGAUCGAGAACGAGACGAAAGCGUGCGAGCGCUCGGGUAAGCGGGGUGACGGUGCUGUGGUGGUGAGUGCGACGAACCUGGUGAACGAGCAACACUGUGCGAGUGCUGAUGCCGGUGAGGGCUGUGUGAGGAUCAGUGUCUUCAGCGGUGAACCGGCGUUUGACAAUCAGGAGCGCAACAGUAACGGCGACGACGACAAUAGAGACAUGGUACACAGCGGUGCUACGGAGACUCUGAAUUCGACCACCCUAGGCGGUCGUACGAACGCCUGUUUCUAUUACAACUCCUAUCAGAAUCCGUUAAGUGGCAUGGUAAUGUCGAGCGGCCAAUGUUCGCCUAGCGACACCCUAGACAGCGGUACGUGCAGCGACCUUGACGGCACGCCGCCGCCGUUGCCGAAGAAGAAGAACGCUAGCACGGUGAUACUGUCCAACAGCACGCACAAUCGGACCGGCAGCGUCACCAGCAGCGGGGCCGAGGUUGAUAGCGACGACAACGAGAGCAGCAUCAGCUGCGAUUCCUUGAAUGGCGGCGAUGCAAGCGAGUAUCGAGUACACGAGACGGCAUCCAAGGAUGAAGCGAAAAUGGAUGUCGUGAAGAAAUUGAUCGCGCUUUCGACGAACGGCAUCGACGAUCGCAUCGAGGAAUCUAAUAACGUUCAUCAGCAGGUUUCGACGAUGACGGAAUUUGAUUGCGCGAUACGUUCGCCGACGUCGUCGACCAGCAUCUCGCCGUCACCGUCCGGUAUGUCGUCCAUGUCGAAAGCGUCCUCGACGCCGCGGAUAAGGAGUCCCGAACCGACGAUCGAACAGAACGGUAAAUCGACAUCGUCACCGGUCGUCAAAGAGUGCACAUACGAGGAGAGGAAGCAACUGGAACAGGAGAGGACAGAGCAGGAGCAGUGCGUCGACGUCAGUCAGAAUCAGUCGACCGGUCACAAGUAUCUGUAUGAGGAUGACAGGUAUUAUAAUUUCCACGUGAACGAGCUGCACGAUAAUAAUAAGAACUCGAACGGCGAGAACGGCGUUGCCGAAAACGACGAGAGUUUCGCCGGUUAUAAAAUUCACGAUAAGGAAGCCAUACGAAGUGCCAAAGGGACCGUGCGCGGUGUGAAGAAUAGAGUACGAGCUGGCAUCGCAACGUUCUUGCAAUCACCCACCUCCAAGGCCUAUGUAAAAAGGGAAAAAGGCAAAGUGGUGCUUUAUAUGACAUCGCUGGGCAUAGUUAGAAAGACCUUUACCAAUUGUAUGAAGAUGAAACAAAUUUUGUGGACGAACAUGGUCAAGUAUGACGAAGCAGAUUUAUUUCGCGAUACGGAAUUACAAAUCGAACUCAGGGACCGGACCAAUUCGGAAGUCUUAACAUUACCGCAACUCUUCGUCGAUGGUCAGCAUAUCGGGGAUGUCGACACCGUCGAGCGGCUUAACGAGUCGGGGGAGCUACGUCGCAUACUGGAACCUUACCAGUGUAAGGAUGCAUGCGCCGUUUGUACCUACUGCGGCGGAUUCCAGAGACUACUAUGUCCCAUCUGUCACGGCAGCAAGAGAUCAGUACAUCGCAACGAGUUCACAGUAGAAUUCGUCGCCCUAAAGUGCGCCAAAUGUGAUGUUUUUGGUAUGAUACGUUGCCCGUAUUGUUGAGGAAGUUCCGCGAGGGAAUACACCUGCUCAAAUCACACAUUUCUCUCUGUCUCUCUUUUAAUCUAUGAUCAUCUACUAAUUUACAUCUGUAUUUAAGGUGCUACGAGAGUAUAUUUUAUGCUAUGCCUUAAGCAAAGACAUACACGAAACGCCUACAGACACUAACUAAUUGCGUAGCUAAGCUGACGCAUGUUGUAAGAUAUCGGUUAAUAAAACUUUGUGUAAAGUUUUGUAA